CUAAAAAUGGUGAAACCACCUACUUUCGAUAGCAACGGCAUGAAGAGAGGUGCUUGGAAUAAAGAAGAGGAUGAAAGAUUAAGGUCUUUUGUUAUGCAAUUCGGCCACAACAACUGGCGCCUCGUCCCGUCCUUAGCCGGAUUGUCAAGAUGUGGAAAGAGUUGCAGAUUGAGAUGGGUGAAUUAUCUCAAACCAGGCCUAAAAAGGGAAAAAUUCACAAAACAAGAAGUGGAUCUCAUCAUCAAAAUGCAUAACAAACUAGGAAACAAGUGGUCAACCAUUGCUGGAAAGCUUCCCGGGCGAACUGACAACGAGAUCAAGAACUACUGGCACGCCCACAUAAAGAAGCGCGGCCGACAAGGCCGAUCUCCAUCUUCAUCAUCAUCUUCCUCUUGUGUGACAAAAGAUGAUCAUCAACAAGAAUUUGCAAAUAUCGAUGCUCUUAGCCCCAUUGCAGAUUUACAUAAAUUCACUCGAGCUCAAGAAGAUGUUUCGAUUCACGAUUCAAUUAAUUCGGACUUGCCUCCAUUUCCGGUGGAGGAUCAGUUUUCCGACUUUGAGUUUUUAUUCCAAGAAAUGCAGAAUGGCAGCCCUAAUUCUUCGGAUGGUGGCAACAGUUUUUGCAGCUCAAAUUCUUCGGAUCUCGAAGGGGAUUUGAAUUUCUGGUCUUAUCAAUCGUUUGGAGAAGAAUUUUUGGACAUAAAACUGUGGUGACAGUGUACUAAAUUAGUUGUGAUUUUAUUACAAAAUUAUUGUGAAAUAGUGUAGAUUGAUUCAUUUUGUGUAAAUGGCUCGAGUUUUAUUUUUCCAUAAAUGAAAAUAUUUGUAUUGAGGAA